AUGUUCCGUUCAUUGCGAUUGCCGCAGUCGGCAUUGCGCUCUUCAUUGCCUUCCUUCCAGCCCAUCCGCUUGCUUUCCACUCCCGCUCUUCAGCCUCUCUCGGCCGCAAAGCUUACCAUCGAGAAGACCGCCGACCCUAAGCCCCUCAAGGAGCCUCAUGAGCUCGUUUUCGGUCAUACCUUCACAGACCACAUGCUCGCCAUCGAGUGGAACUCCGAGACUGGAUGGGACGCACCCAAGAUCACUCCCUACCAGAACUUGUCACUUGAUCCCGCGACCUGUGUGUUCCACUACGGUUUCGAGUGUUUCGAGGGUAUGAAGGCCUACAAGGACGCCAACGGCGACACCCGCAUCUUCCGUGGUGACAGGAACAUGAGCCGCUUCAACAACUCCGCUACCCGCAUCGCAUUGCCCACCUUCGACGGUGAGGAGCUGUUAAAGGCCAUCGCGGAAUUCGUCAAGGUCGACGACCGUUGGGUGCCAAGAGGACAGGGAUACUCGCUCUACCUUCGACCAACCCUCAUCGGUACCCAGAAGACCCUCGGUAUCGGACCGACUUCCUCCGCAUUGCUUUACGUGAUCGCUUCCCCUGUCGGUCCCUACUACCCCACCGGAUUCAAGGCCGUCUCAUUGUGGGCCACCACUGACAAGGUCCGCGCAUGGCCUGGAGGCUUCGGUAAUGCCAAGUUGGGAGCUAAUUACGCUCCUUGUGUCGCUCCUCAGGUUGCUGCUGCCCAGAAGGGAUACCAUCAGAACUUAUGGUUGUUCGGAGAGGAGAACUACGUGACUGAGGUCGGAACUAUGAACUGCUUCACCGCAUGGGUGAACGAGGACGGAGUCAAGGAGCUUAUCACCGCCCCUACCACUGACGGUACCAUUCUCGAGGGUGUCACCCGCGACAGUGUCCUCGACUUGGCUCGGGAACGCCUCGUUCCCCAAGGCUGGGCCGUCUCCGAGAAGAAGUACACCAUGGACCAGAUUAAGAAGGCCGCCGACGAGGGCCGAUUGCUCGAGAUGUUUGGAACCGGAACCGCCGCUACCUGCGCGCCGAUCAAGAGGGUGCACUAUAAGGGAGAGGACAUCUCCGUACCAUUACAGCCCGGAAAGGAGGCGGGACCGGUGGCGGAGCAGAUGCAAAAAUGGAUUAUGGACAUUCAGUACGGUGUUGAGGAGCACAAGGGCUGGGCUCGUCACGUGUGA